AUGUUGGUGCAUCUGAAACAAAGAGAGAGAAGGAAGGAAGGAAGGAAGGAAGGAAGGAAGGAAGGAAGGAAGGAAGGAAGGAAGGACCGAUCUCUGAAUCAGAGUCAACAUCUACAGGAACACUCAGUGUUCACGAGAAAGACUCACCGUGUUUCUGUUCAUGUCAGCUGUGAGCGUGCACGGAUCAGCUGUGAGCGUGCACGGAUCAACUGUGAGCGUGCACGGAUCAGCUGUGAGUGUGCACGGAUCAACUGUGAGCGUGCACGGAUCAGCUGUGAGCGUGCACGGAUCAGCUGUGAGCGUGCACGGAUCAACUGUGAGUGUGCACGGAUCAGCUGUGAGCGUGCACGGAUCAACUGUGAGUGUGCACGGAUCAGCUGUGAGCGUGCACGGAUCAACUGUGAGUGUGCACGGAUCAGCUGUGAGCGUGCACGGAUCAGCUGUGAGCGUGCACGGAUCAGCUGUGAGCGUGCACGGAUCAACUGUGAGUGUGCACGGAUCAGCUGUGAGCGUGCACGGAUCAGCUGUGAGUGUGCACGGAUCAACUGUGAGCGUGCACGGAUCAGCUGUUUCUGUGUGUUUCCAGACUCAGACAAACAUCUUAUCAAAGAAAAAACACACAUGUGAAGAUUUACAACAUCAGAAGUCAUCAUCUUCAUCAUCUUCAUCAUCAUCUUCAUCAUCAUCUUCAUCAUCAUCUUCAUCAUCGUCUUCAUCAUCAUCUUCAUCAUCAUCAUCUUCAUCAUCUUCAUCAUCGUCUUCAUCAUCAUCUUCAUCAUCGUCUUCAUCAUCAUCUUCAUCAUCAUCAUCAUCAUCUUCAUCAUCGUCUUCAUCAUCGUCUUCAUCAUCAUCUUCAUCAUCGUCUUCAUCAUCGUCUUCAUCAUCCUCAUCGUUCUCAUCCUCAUGUCGUGUUAGGGUUCGGGUUCGGUUUAGGGUUUACCUAUUCCUAAUCCUAACCCGAACCUAACAGGGUCAGGGUUUGGGUCAGGGUUAGGAUCAGGGUUAGGAUCAGGGUCAGGGGUUAGGAUCAGGGUUAGGAUCAGGGUCAGGGGUUAGGAUCAGGGUCAGGGGUUAGGAUCAGGGUCAGGAUCAGGGUUAGGAUCAGGGGUUAGGGUUAGGAUCAGGGUCAGGGGUUAGGAUCAGGGUCAGGGGUUAGGAUCAGGGUCAGGAUCAGGGUUAGGAUCAGGGUCAGGAUCAGGGUCAGGAUCAGGGUUCGGUGAUCUCUCAGCAGACCUCAGAGCGGCUCUGAAGACUCUUCUGUGGAAAAUCUGAGUCAGCAAAAGUACGGGCUGAAGGACUUAACGGAUCCAUAUAUUGAUCCUGCUCCAUCAAUACACACCUCCACCCAUAGGUGACCAUUGAUCGGGAGGAGAUGAAAGGGGUGUGGCCGGAUUAGGGGGUGGGGGGUGUUAAUAAUCCCACAAAGUCGGUGUGUCAAACAUAAGAAACGCUGAAACGCUGAAACGCUGCCAGUCCUCGGACAGCAGUCCAAACACGGUCAGGUGAUCGAUCAGCUGAUUGAUCAUCUGUAUGAUUCUUCAUAUUUGACCUCAUGGUUCUCUCUGUCAGGUCUCAGUGUCGUUAUUGUUAAUGAGAAUAAAAUAAUUAAUAUACCUGAUAUAAUAUGUGUUCACAUCUAUACUCAUAUUUCUAUGUUCAUCUAGUCUGAAGAGCUGCAGGAGUUUGUCCUUCUGUCCUCAUUGUUGUUUUUUUAUAUAAUUCAUGUUACUCUGAGUUUGGUCUGUUAGAAUAAUUCACUGUUCAAUAAUAUAUAUAUAAAUAUAUGCAUUUAUAUCUCUAUACCCACAUAUAUAUAUUUACAGGAGCUGAGUGUUUAAAGCGGCUCUAUUAUCCUCUCUGAGUCUGGAUCACUAAAGAGUCCAGGGAGUCAGUAGAGUUCUGCUCACGGUCUCUGUAGUCCAGGAUGAGAAGUGGACCGGUUUCUGUUCGGAGUCAGAGUCAGGGAUCAGGAGGGAGAGCAAAAACAGGCAGAACACGAAAACCAGCAGGUGUGUGUGUGUGUGUGUGUGUGUGUGUGUGUGUGUGUGUGUGUGUGUGUGUGUGUGUGUAAACAUGAAGGUUAGCUAACAACCAUUUACACCGAGACGCUAACCUGAGUGAAGAGAGAGAAACUGAGACGAGGGCUGGGCGAGAAAACAAAAACAUAUUUAUCAAAAUUAACUUCAAUAUCAAACAUGAUCAAUAUCCUUUUCAAUAAUCGUCAUUCUGACAUGUUUUGGUCGACUAUACGAACAGCCAAUGAAAAGUGGAGUUUCUCCGGGUCUGAACCAAUCAUGUUCUGAAUUAGAACCAAGUAUCAACCAACUGCAGCGUCGUAGCAGACAGCAGCUCCACCCAACCAUAGCACUUUAACAGGUGAAGCCGACAGCACUGUUGGUGAGAAACAAAGAAAAUGAGUGCUACCCCCGACAGAAAUGACCAUGAAGGCUCAACAGAUGACCACAUCAAUGUCAACCACAACACUGGCGUUAGGAAAACGUCGGUGGUGUGGAGGUAUUUUGGUUUUUGGAGGUCGGACAUGAAGCAGAGUAAUGUGGACUGUAAAUUAUGUCGAGUACAUGUUCUCACAAAGUCGGGGAAUACCUCAAAUCUUUUUCACCACCUGAAGCAGCGCCACGCCGCAGAGCACGCGCAACGCCAAAGGUUACAAACCCCGAGAGGAGCGAGGAGCCCAUGGCGCCUGAAACAGACGACCAUUCAGUCGGCUUUCUCUAGAGCGACGCCUUACGACAAAACGCCAAAGAGACACAAAGACCUCACAGAUGCAGGAGAUUAUUGUGUUGGAAAAGACAUGAGACCAAGAAACACUGUUAGAUUUUUAGAUCCUGAUAUUGAUCGAUAUCAGCUGAUAGGAAAUCAAUAUAUCCUGAUGAACUCUCUCUAUGUCGCUCAGCCCUAACUGAGACUCUCCACAGACAGACUGAUGAACAGUUGGAUGUUUUUUUUACAGGACGUGACGUUUGAUUGGCUGAACUCUCUGAAGUCGUCUCUUCCUCUAACCUUCAGCUCAGUAAAUAUCUCAAAGUCGGCCUCACUUCUAACUCACAGUUGUUGUCUUUGUUUCCAGAUGAUUGUCAGACUAAAGCAGAUGGUUUCUCCGCCUGCUGUCUGAGCUGCAGAUCCUCUCAAUCAUCUCGUUUGUGUCUUUCUGUAUUUGAUCGAUGAGUCCUCCUAAAGAGAGUUCAUGAAACCCUUAAUCCGAUCAUUUCCUGUCUCUGUCCGCUCUAAUCUGGUUAUUUAGGUUAAAGUGAAUGUCUCUGUUUUCUCUAAAGCUUCAGACUCCAAUAAUUCAUCUUCUUCUCUCUCAUAAACUCAGAGUCUGUCUCUCAUCCUGCAGACGCUCUGAUCUGCUCAAACUUCACGCUGAGACGUUCAUCAGGAGCAACAAUAACACCGUUUUUAUUGAUUUACUGUCUCUGUGAGGUCCUGCUUAUGCAGCGCACACACACACACACACACACACACACACACACACACACACACACACACACAGCUCACAGCUGAUUGCAGAGCUCAGAUAAAACUGAACCGUCUCUCAGGGUUCGACUUUAACUUUGUUCUCCUGAGUUAAAAAAGUAAGAAGCACAAAGAACUUUAGGGGAUCAAUGAAAACUGAUCAAUAAUGUUUCUCUUAUUGAUCGACCUUAGUACUAUUAUUAGAAAUCAAUUUUAGGUCUUUUGGUCACAUGACAGUGAAGCUAUUGAAGGAAAACAGCCUUUUCUGAGAACAUCAACCGGUAAUUUAUUGACGGUCCCUUAUUCAACACCGACGUUGACAGUGAGGGUGUCGAGUAGAUUUAACCGCGCUGCUGUUGUUAUUCCUGGUUAUGGAGAGUGAGAAGACACCGGUAGAUCCUCAGAGAAUGUCCGUCAGAUAUCCAACCUGAAACUAACUUCACCGCUGUAUUUACAGGAAAAUAUAUCCAACCUAAAACUAACUUCACCGCCGUAUUUACAGGAAAAUAUAUCCAACCUAAAACUAACUUCACCGCCGUAUUUACAGGAAAAUAUAUCCAACCUAAAACUAACUUCACCGCCGUAUUUACAGGAAAAUAUAUCCAACCUAAAACUAACUUCACCGCCGUAUUUACAGGAAAAUAUAUCCAACCUGAAACUAACUUCACCGCCGUAUUUACAGGAAAAUAUAUCCAACCUGAAACUAACUUCACCGCCGUAUUUACAGGAAAAUAUAUCCAACCUGAAACUAACUUCACCGCUGUAUUUACAGGAAAAUAUAUCCAACCUGAAACUAACUUCACCGCCAUAUUUACAGGAAAAUAUAUCCAACCUGAAACUAACUUCACCACCGUAUUUACAGGAAAAUAUAUCCAACCUGAAACUAACUUCACCGCCGUAUUUACAGGAAAAUAUAUCCAACCUGAAACUAACUUCACCGCCGUAUUUACAGGAAAAUAUAUCCAACCUAAAACUAACUUCACCGCCGUAUUUACAGGAGAAUAUAUCCAACCUGAAACUAACUUCACCGCCGUAUUUACAGGAAAAUAUAUCCAACCUGAAACUAACUUCACCGCUGUAUUUACAGGAAAAUAUAUCCAACCUGAAACUAACUUCACCGCCGUAUUUACAGGAAAAUAUAUCCAACCUGAAACUAACUUCACCGCUGUAUUUACAGGAAAAUAUAUCAAACCUAAAACUAACUUCACCGCCGUAUUUACAGGAAAAUAUAUCCAACCUGAAACUAACUUCACCGCCGUAUUUACAGGAUAAUAUAUCCAACCUGAAACUAACUUCACCGCCGUAUUUACAGGAUAAUAUAUCCAACCUGAAACUAACUUCACCGCCGUAUUUACAGGAAAAUAUAUCCAACCUGAAACUAACUUCACCACCGUAUUUACAGGAAAAUAUAUCCAACCUGAAACUAACUUCACCACCGUAUUUACAGGAAAAUAUAUCCAACCUGAAACUAACUUCACCGCCGUAUUUACAUGAAAAUAUAUCCAACCUGAAACUAACUUCACCGCUGUAUUUACAGGAAAAUAUAUCAAACCUAAAACUAACUUCACCGCCGUAUUUACAGGAAAAUAUAUCCAACCUGAAACUAACUUCACCGCCGUAUUUACAGGAUAAUAUAUCCAACCUGAAACUAACUUCACCGCCGUAUUUACAGGAAAAUAUAUCCAACCUGAAACUAACUUCACCGCCGUAUUCACAGGAAAAUAUAUCCAACCUAAAACUAACUUCACCGCCGUAUUUACAGGAAAAUAUAUCCAACCUAAAACUAACUUCACCGCCGUAUUUACAGGAAAAUAUAUCCAACCUGAAACUAACUUCACUGCCGUAUUUACAGGAAAAUAUAUCCAACCUAAAACUAACUUCUACGCCGUAUUUACAGGAAAAUAUAUCCAACCUAAAACUAACUUCACCGCUGUAUUUACAGGAAAAUAUAUCCAAACUGAAACUAACUUCACCGCCGUAUUUACAGGAAGAUAUAUCCAACCUAAAACUAACUUCACCGCCGUAUUUACAGGAAAAUAUAUCCAACCUAAAACUAACUUCACCGCCGUAUUUACAGGAAAAUAUAUCCAACCUCAAACUGACUUCACCGCGGUAUUUACAGGAAAAUAUAUCCAACCUGAAACUAACUUCACCGCCGUAUUUACAGGAAAAUAUAUCAAACCUAAAACUAACUUCACCGCCGUAUUUACAGGAAAAUAUAUCCAACCUGAAACUAACUUCACCGCCGUAUUUACAGGAAGAUAUAUCCAACCUAAAACUAACUUCACCGCCGUAUUUACAGGAAAAUAUAUCCAACCUAAAACUUACUUCACCGCCGUAUUUACAGGAUAAUAUAUCCAACCUGAAACUAACUUCACCGCCGUAUUUACAGGAAAAUAUAUCCAACCUGAAACUAACUUCACCGCCGUAUUUACAGGAAAAUAUAUCCAACCUAAAACUAACUUCACCGCCGUAUUUACAGGAAAAUAUAUCCAACCUAAAACUAACUUCACCGCCGUAUUUACAGGAAAAUAUAUCCAACCUGAAACUAACUUCACCGCCGUAUUUACAGGAAAAUAUAUCCAACCUGAAACUAACUUCACCGCCGUAUUUACAGGAAAAUAUAUCCAACCUAAAACUAACUUCACCGCCGUAUUUACAGGAAAAUAUAUCCAACCUAAAACUAACUUCACCGCCGUAUUUACAGGAAAAUAUAUCCAACCUGAAACUAACUUCACCGCCGUAUUUACAGGAAAAUAUAUCCAACCUAAAACUAACUUCACCGCCGUAUUUACAGGAUAAUAUAUCCAACCUGAAACUAACUUCACCGCCGUAUUUACAGGAAAAUAUAUCCAACCUGAAACUAACUUCACCGCCGUAUUAACAGGAAAAUAUGUCCAACCUAAAACUAACUUCACAGCCGUAUUUACAGGAAAAUAUAUCCAACCUGAAACUAACUUCACCGCCGUAUUUACAGGAAAAUAUAUCCAACCUAAAACUAACUUCACCACUGUAUUUACAGGAAAAUAUAUCCAACCUGAAACUAACUUCACCGCUGUAUUUACAGGAAAAUAUAUCCAACCUGAAACUAACUUCACCGCCGUAUUUACAGGAAGAUAUAUCCAACCUAAAACUAACUUCACCGCCGUAUUUACAGGAAAAUAUAUCCAACCUGAAACUAACUUCACCGCCGUAUUAACAGGAAAAUAUAUCCAACCUGAAACUAACUUCACCGCCGUAUUUACCUUAAAUACAUUUGACGAUUUACACACGUCUCUUUUUAGUCGCAGUGAAACGGUCGAACUGUCGAGUCCUGAGGUCUGAGUCCAGUCCUGAGGAGGAUCUGGUUCAGGUUUUAUGAAGACCCUCUUUGGUACAGGAUUCAGGCUGAUGUCCUCGUCCUGUCUGUAAACCCAGGAUCCGUCUUCACUGAUGUGUCCCACCAUCAGUCCUUCAGUCACUUUAACACGUUAUGAUAAAUAAACCACGCCCCCUUUCGCUUCAUUGGUGGAAACCUUGGGUCACGUUAAGACGCCAUAUUUACAGAAGAAGGUUAUUUAUCAGACGGUCAAACAUCGAUGUCUCUCAUUGGUCCAAAUCUGUUUUUCUCAGCGGCCUUAAAAAAUCUUUCUCACUUUUUCCCUCGACCUGAAAUCCGCUCCGUCCCUCGGCUGAAUCAUUAUCGCGGCGUUUCCACGUUUGACGUGGUUUACAUCGAAACUCUGCUCAUCAUCUCCGUCAGCUCUGCUACACCUGUCUCCACACAGCAGACACCUGUAAGACAAACACGAAGACAUCUGUCUCCUCCUGGUAUCACUCACUCUACACCUAAUGAGAACACCGCCGCCGCCGCUGCCGCCGUCGUCCAGCCGCCCUUUCGCCGUCCUGUGUCUCCUUACGGGACAGCGUGGGUGGAGGGUGUCUCCUGGUGA